AUGGCGGACCCGGUCACUAGUACUGUCGUUGGAAAAAUAGUGGACUUGUUGUUUAGUGCGGCUAAACGGGAGAUUGAUUACGUCCGAAAUCGCACUAAAAAUGUUGAAAAGUUGAAAAGUGAAACUCAAAAGCUCAAGGAUACGAGGGAAAGGAUUCCACAACUAAUCAAGGCAGCUAAAGAAAAAGGAGAAGCUCUCGUAAAUGGUGAGGAAGUGAAAAACUGGAUGAACAAGGCAGGCGAUGAAAUAUCCAAGGUGGAAUUAUUUCUUGAAGAAGAAGCCAACGCCAAGAAGACAUGCUUCAACUUACAACCUUGUGUCAAUUUGUGCACCCUCUCCCAUUACAGUAAGAUGGCGAAAAACAAGACCGCUUCUCUUCUGGAUCUACAAAAUGCUGGUGAAUCUCAUGAAAAGUGUCUCUCCAUUCCCACUCGCACCCCAGGAUUGGUAGACCUCUACCAACCAAAGAAUCUUGAUGGUAUUGAUUCCCACAAGUUGGCGUUGAGGGAUACCAUUCAAGCUAUCAAAGAUGAGAGCAAUCAAAUUGUUGGAAUUUAUGGAUCAGGAGGUGUAGGGAAAACUACAUUAGCCAAGGAAGUUGCUGUAAAAAUGAAGAAUCUAUUUGCAGACAUUGUGUUUAUAACUGUCUCACAGACUGUAAACGUUAAAGAGAUUAAAGAAAAUGUUGAAGUAGCUGCAAAACGGAUAAUCAAUGGGGAGAAGAUUCUAAUCAUUUUAGAUGACAUAUGGGAACCACCGGUCCUCUCAGAUCUUGGCAUACCAUGUGGGAAAGACCACAUGAAUUGCAAGAUUUUGUUGACGUCUAGAAAAAUAAACGUAUAUGAAGCGAUGAACGUUGAUAAAAAAAUACCUGUAAACAUUUUGAUACCGACAGAAGCGUGGAUCCUUUUCAAACGUGUUGUGGGUGAUGAAAAGAUAGCAAACCAAGAUAGACUGGAGAAAAUUGCAAAUGAUGUGUCUAAAGAAUGUGGUGGAUUGCCACUUCUCAUUGAAGCCGUGGGAAAUGCUUUAAAAAGUAAACCAAUUGAUAGAUGGGAGGCAGCACUUAAACAACUACAAAAGAAUGCACCUGUAGAUAUCGAUCCAGAGAUACGCCAAGCAUUUACUAAGUUGAAGCUGAGCUAUGACUUACUUGGAAGCGAAGUAGCUAAAUGGUGCUUCUUAAUGUGUAGUUUGUUCAAGGAAGAUGGAAUCAUAGAUAUGUUACGCUUAGCAGAAUAUGGGGUGGCUCUGCAGAAAUUUAAUGAUCCGGAUAGCAUUAACGAUGCACAAGAAAGUGCCCAAACGGCAGUUGACAUCCUCACAUCCUCUUCCUUGUUAUUAUCUGAGGGGGACAAAGUAAAAAUGCAUGAUGUUGUUCGUGGUGUGGCUUUGUUCAUAACUUCUUCUUCUCAAGGCGAAGAGAAGGAUAAGUUUUUAGUGGAGGCUGGAAAAAAAAUUUGA